UGAUUUCCGACGGUCUCCAAUGGGGAGGAGAACUGUUUUGAUUACUAACAGUUUUCCUCCCUGUCAGCUUGGGCACACUGCUUUGGAUGGCUGUGCACAGUACAGCCAUCCAAAGCAGUGUGCUUACAGUAAAGCACACUGACAGGCACACAGUUAACCCUUUGAUCGCCCCUCAUGUUAACCCCUUCCUACCUAGUGCUUUUUUUGAGCACUGAUCACUGUAUUGGUGUCAUUGGGGAUGUCAGUGACACCAAGUCAGUUCCCCCCAGUGUCAGAAUGCUCGCUGCAGUCCCGCUAUAAGUCACUGA